UGCGCAUAAAGUGUUACAUUACCAAACCGUGUAUCUACGGCAUGUACACCUGCAUGUAGUUAUCCGCCUGAAACUUUGAAAUCAACAAAAAUGGCAGCGAUUUUGUUCGUGAUUAUUUCUUCCCUGUGGAGCACGAUUGCUGCACUCAAUCCAAGCCCAAUGCUGUACAUAGGAGGGGAAACAAGACAAUUAUAUAACAAUUUGACGUUUGGUGUGUAUACAUUAGAAGUAGAUGCCUCGAAUCAAACUCUGCUUUUCAAUCAUAGACCAUCUUAUCGACAUGAGUCGGGAGAGUUGUACCUCUACUACUCAGUAGACCCAUGGUUAGUUUGGGCGAUAGGUAGAAAAAUAGGAAGCAAAUCCUUGUAUGUGAAGAUCGAAAGUGAUGCAAAGUUCCCAGAAUUUAUAACCGAGCCUCUGUACACGGCCAAUGAUGACGGCUAUGACUGGGCAGUAAUGGACGGAAUAUCAAUAGUAGCUUUCAAAGAAGGUAUAAACACGUGCAGGCAUUUAAAGCUAUCUGAGACUACUGCAUAUAGCGGCAUCUUUGAGAAUAACAAUAAAUCUAUUGGUCACAGGCCUAGUUAUAACCACGUGGCCCCCAUGAGGUAUUACCUGUAUUACAUAGUCUCCAAAGCUGCCUGGGUGAUAGAUGAUGAUUUUGAUGAUACUAGCAUUCGUGCAAUUUCCGCUAUUGAUAGGGGACUCGAUCCAAUUUCAACGAACCAUUGGUGGAUUGGUGUGAGUACCUGGAAACGACAGCAUGUUGAAUUAGAUUGCUUAGAUGGGAACAUAUGUAGACGUAUUCAGCUCUCUGGUAUGGAGAAUUCUUCAAUGAACGGUGUAUAUGAGAAUAAUUAUAGGACAUUUGCGAAUAUGCCUAGUUACAGGAAACGUAGUAAUGCAGACUACUUCAUAUACUUUGUAUUAACUGGAAGAACUAUUACUGGAAGAACGGGAAAAUGGGUGAUUGACACUGAUUUUGAUUCCACAAAUUAUCUUGCUUGUUCGAAUACCAUCGAUAUUAACACUGGAGCUAUAGACAAUCCCACCUCUGUAUCCAGCUGGGAUUUAAUGAUAGUUAAAAGAUUGGUUAAGAAAUUUCCAAAAUGGACUUGUCUUGAUGAUAUUGAUCAUUGCAAAGACUUACUGUUUGGUGGUUCACAUUGUAAGAAUGGUGGAUCUUGUAUAGAUGGUGUGUAUAGUUAUACUUGUAACUGCAUCUCUGGUUAUACUGGCAGACUAUGUGAGACAGACAUAGAUGAUUGUUUGAGUUCGCCAUGCAUCAAUGGAGAAUGUGAAGAUGCUGUGAACAAUUAUACAUGUACAUGCGAAGAAGGAUUCACUGGGCGUGAUUGUGAGACAGAUAUUGAUGGAUGUCAAAGUUACACAUGUUUAAAUGGGGGAAGUUGUAUUGAUAGUGAUGACGGACAUAAAUGUAAUUGUGUUUAUGGAUAUGCCGGCAGAAGAUGUGAAACAGGCCUACUUUGGUGGAAGAUAAUGCUGAUUGCGAUUUCUGCAGCCUUGCUAUUGGCUAUAAUUAUUGCGUUGAUGUGUCGCUGUUGCUGUCAAGAUUAUAAAGAAGAACUGGAACAAAGACAAAGUCGACCAAGCACAGAAUUGUCCUUGUCUAGGUAUUUAGAAUUCAUGUGCUUAUUAUAUACAAUAUGA